UUGAGGGCAUUGAGUUCCCUCAGUUACGAACAAUGGCCUUAACGGGAUUACCUAAGUUCCAGAAUUUCUGGCCUACAGCUAACAACUCCAUCACUCACUCAAAUCCUCUUUUUGAUGAAAAGGUUUCUUGUCCCAACCUGGAAAAGCUAGACAUCAGCGGCCUUAAAAGCAUAAGUGCUCUAUGGUCUCACCAACUUCCAAAUGACUACUUCACCAAACUUCAAACAUUGAGAGUAUCAUGUUGUGGAAAAUUGAAAAACUUGAUGUCUCCAUCAAUGGCCAGAGGUCUUUUGAAUCUCAAAAACCUAGAUAUAAGACACUAUAAAUCAAUGGAAGAAGUGAUCACAAAAGGAGAAGGAAUCAUGACCUUAUUUCCCCGAUUGGAAACCCUGUACCUUGGUGAGCUGCCUAAACUGGGGCAUUUCUUUCUGACAGAGCAUGCUCUUGAAUUUCCAUUUCUCAGGAAAGUGACUAUUUGCAACUGCCCUGAAAUGAAGACGUUUGUCCAACAGGGAAUAUCUGUGAGUACACCCAGUCUCACAGAGGUGUACAUUGAUUAUAAGGAGGUGAAAGUAGAUGAUCUGAAUAAAUGGAUACAGCAGAGGUUCAAUAACAAGGAACAAGAAGCUAGUGAUCAUGCCGAAGCUGAACCUAGUCAUGCCAGACGUUAGGAAACUGGUAGGAAAAACUCAAUGACACAAUGCAAGUAAAACCUUGAACAUCACCUGAUACAAAUGCUCGUGAUGGAGGUAAUUAACAAGCAGAGGCGGAUCUACUUGAUAUAUGGUUUAUGUUUGGAAUAAAUGUUUAAUGUUAAAAUAAAGUGAUGGAGCUUUUGAAUAAGCAUCGAGUACUUAAAAAGGAUUUCACCAGUGGUCUUAUCAAGAAUAGUUUGAUUAGAGGAACUACAUAUCAUGGGAGUAGAACAUUGUAGUUACACCACCUCGAGGGAUCUGAAAUCCUUAUCGUGGUCGACUGCACUGACAUUGUAGUGUGUAAAAGGUGUUCAGUGUGUGUAAUCUUGAAAU